AUGUCGCCUCCGCGGUUCGCCGCGGGGCGAGCGCUGCUGGCCUGCCUCCUGCUGGCUGGCUUCGCAGCGGGGUUUGUCCAAUUCGAGCCGGUGCACGUGCCGCGGACCGACCGAGAGAAGACCUCGGUGGUGGCCAGCUUGAAAGUUACCUACGGCGACAUUUCUGCGAAUGCCUUCAAUAAGAUCGCACGCACACGAGAGGACCACAACUGUUUUGAGCCGGGCUGUACGUUCAUGGGCGAAGUUCUGGACAUCACGAACUCCAACGUCACAGCAUACAAUAAGGACACACUGGAGCCGGCCAGCAGGCCAGCGAGAGGCAAUUCCACAGGGCGACGGAUUGUUGAAUUCUCCCACGCGCCAAGCGGCGGGAUCCUGCUGGAGCAGGAGGAGGUGAGGAGAUGGUUCAUGCUGUACCAAUUCGAGGGGCCCAAUCCCGGAACCCUGUUGAGGGUGCGGAUGAGGUUGGAGAACGACACAGACCUGGCCACGCUGCUCACCGUGCCAGUCCCGUUCGUGAAGGAGGGGGGACUUUGGCUGCCGAGGUCUGCCACCCUGACGCCUGGUGGCGCGUACCUGGGAACUGAAGGACUCCCUCCGGAUGGACGGUUGUACUUUGGCGUGGAGUGCAUGCUCGAUGAUGACAGAUCUGACUGUAUGCGCGACAUCGCCCCCAUCGAGUUCUUCAACAUCAUGGACUUCAUGCGCUACUUCAGACGGACUCCGGACCUUCUGAAGGAGGAAGGGGCACUGUUGCUUCCACCUGCCGAAGCUGUCCCUGGCUUUAAGCCGUACCGUUAUGGUUACCCUUUUGAGAUAAGCCUUGGUGUGGACGCGAACGACCGAGUUUUGGAUGACGUUGCAAAGCACUAUGCGAUGGGAAGGCUGGGGGCUCGAGGAAUCGCCGUCAUGCAGGAUGGCUUCAAUGUCUACAUUUCUGGUGGCCAUGGUGGACUCUACAGAUUCAGGCCAUCAGGCGCAAAUUUUGAGGCAGGAGAGCUCUUUGCAGCUUCCAUUGUUCCCAAGGCGAAGGGCGCUGAUGAAGUCACCAUUGAGGAAGGCGACGUUCUUGAAAUCAAGUGGAUAUCCAUAGGAGAAAAUGCUGCAGCGGACGUGGAGGGCUUCACCAGCGGCACUGAAGACCUGAACUUUGGCGACAUAUUCUCCAGCACUGGUCCUGUGGGAGGCGAGUGCCCAGAGGGUUUUGAGCGCGUUGCUUUGGAAGGCAAUGUCGAGUGCCUGCGCAUCGUCGGCGAGGAGUUGGCCGCUGUGUUCGAGCCUGAGCGGUUGGCGACCAUCAAGGGCGCCAGCACGAACGUAUUCCGCUUCUCUCAGAUGGCCACCAAGCUGGAUGCCGACGUGUUCUACCUCGCCGCGGACGUCAUCCGCCAGGGCGCCCUGGACGCCGAGGAUGGCCGCGUGAACGUGAACGCCAACCCCUGCGGCUGCGUCUUCGAGGUCAACAUCGACGAAGACUUCUUGGCCACCUCCAUGAAGGCCAUCCUGUGCGGCGACGACGUGGCCGGCGUGGUGGAGGGCAACACGUGCAACACGGAGAGAAUCGCCAACCCGCGGUCGCUGACGUUCGCCAACAAGUUCGAGAACCUGCUCAUCGGCGAGGACACAGCGGCCCACACCAACAACUUCCUGUGGGCGUGGGACCCGGAGACCGGCCGCGCCACGCGCAUAUUCCACGCGUCGAAGGAGGGCAGGAUCACAAGCGUCAACUGGUUCCAAGACGUCGUGGGCGGCAACAACUACAUCGGUGUGACGAUCGCGAACCCCUUCGACACGUUCGGCUGGAUGUCCUACUUCGGAUCGUUCGACUUGAGCGGGAACAGCAACAAACUCACCUUCAGCAACGUGCCCGUACCCUACGCCGAGGGCCCGCGAGAAAUCCCCAUCGGCUUCAGCCGACUGACGACGGGCAACGACGAGCUGAUAGGGGGUUGGACGCCGCUGUACCGGACCGGUGAAGAGAUAGAGAUCACGGGAGAGCCCAAGAAGAGCCUGGUGGUGGGUCGGCUGGUGGACCAAACCAACAAGCCUGUGGACAGCUAUAAAGAUGGGCCUGUGAAGCCGGAGCGUGUGGAAGAGCCGGACGACUACCACAGGUUUGCAUUCACUUCCUUGAUCAACAUGUGCGACAAAGUGUUUUCCAUUGGUGUGGUGGAUGCACUGCCAGCUGUCAGCUACGUCUUUACGCUUGUUGAAAAUGGCACAGCGUUGGAGACAGUGUCUGCGAGCUACAUCGACUGGUCAGAGUGGGGCGGUCUGUGGCAGUCCGGUGGUGGUGUCAUGAGUCCGUGGAACACCCACCUUGGGGGAGAAGCUUUCGAGCCGAAUGGCCAGAAUUUCCGCGGUUUCGGCUGCUUGACCGGAUUCUCGAGCUGCUUCAAGUCCAGGGCGGAAGAUGACUUCAGCACCAGCCUCCAGUUCCUCCGUUAUUUCGACCGAUAUGUCGACGACCUGGACAACAGUUUCCCCAAGCUCGCCGAGGCGUUCAAUCCGUACGCCUACGGUUACGCCUACGAGGUCAAGGUGAACAAGUUCGGCUGCGCCAAGCCGAUGAAGCACCUGACGCUUGGCCGCUUCUCCCAUGGCGCCCAGGUGGUCAUGCCCGACCAGAAGACGGUGUACAUGACCGACUGGACGACGGGCAGAGAGGUCGGCGGCGGGCUUUUCAAGUUCAUUGCUGACACGGAGGCCGACCUGAGCUCAGGGACGCUGUAUGCGGCGAAGUUCAAACCUGUGAGGGGCAACCUGAACAAGUACGGUGUGUCUUGGAUAGAGCUGGGGUCCGCUAACAACGACGAGCUGGUGGAGGCGUCGCAGAACAUCACCUUUGAGGACAUGUUUACCUCCAUACCGCCCUCGAAGACGUGCAAACUCCAGGAGAUAUUCGUCAAGUCGGGGCUGGAGUGCCUGGAAGUGAAGGAGGGCAUGGAGACGAUGGCGGCGUUCUUCGAGACGCGGCGGUACGCGGCCCUGCAGGGCGCCAGCAUCGAGCUGGCCAACACGCAGGGGCUCACCUUCGACCCCAAUUCGGGCAAGGCCGUCAUCUCCUUCACGCGCAUAUCCCAGAAGGAGAAGGUCAUGGUGCAGGACGACAUCGAAGGCUCAACCAACGACGUCAAGGUCACGCUGGCCCCCUGCGGCUGCCUCUUCAGUCUGGACGUCACCACGGAGUUCGACAUCACGGGCAUGGACAGGUUCUACUGCGGGGACGCCGUGGCGCAGGGCGAGACGCAGGACGAGAACGUAUGCGGCAUCGAGCGGCCCGCCAACCCGGGGCGCAUCUCCAACAUCCCUGGCCACGGCCUGCUGCUGGUGUCCGAGGACAACUGCCUCGUGGACAGCCGUGGGAUCGAGUGCGGCCACGAGAACGGCGUCAUGUGGGCCAUGGACUCGCGGACAGGCCGUCGGGGGCACGAGUUCACGCGCAUCCUGACCGCGCCCAAGUUCAACUCCCUGUCGGACGCUGUGUGGUACCCCAACAUCCAGGGCAAGGCCUACAUCAGCGGCACCAUCAACGAGCUGUACAGCCGCAGCAGCAACACGCCCUUCGAUAAUAACGACCCCGAGGCCGUGUUCGGCUACAUGGGACCCUUCGCUGACGAGCUCGCUGAUGCAAGAAGGGAGGUCAUCAAGUCCGUUGAGCCCAAGUGCUACGAGGAUAUCGAGGCCGCGAAUGGCGAUGGGGUCGAGUUCCAGUGUCCCGCGUCUGCUCCCAAACCAGCUCCCAAGCCUGUUACGACGCCAGCUCCAAAAGCAGUUGCCGUGACAACUUCUACCCCAGCUGCUGAGGCAGCCCCCAAGACACCCAAGACAGCCAAAGCGCCCACAACGCCCAAAACAUCCGCGGCCCCAACGACUCUAGUGAUGCCGCCCAAAGCACCAUCGACCAAGAACUGA